UCAAGUUACAAUCGAACACUACUGUUGUUUUGUUGCAUAAUUCAUCAUCCUCCAUGUUUAAGUUUUAUGCAGUGUUGAUUAUGUUGAUUGUGUCAUUUUGGUUUUAGAUCUUCCAAGCAUCCAAGCCUAGAUACAGAUAUGACAAACUAUGUACAAUAAACAACUGCUAUGCCUCAUUUGUUUUCGGUGCUGUUUAUAUGUAAGUUGUAAAGUUUUAUCAGCAUUUUAAAUACUUCACAAACAAUGACUCAAAUAUACAGUAUGCUUUGAGGAAGGAAAUGUAUACAGAGAGAAAAAAGAAGUAGAGAAGACAAAGUACAAUGUACACUACACUUACACACACAGCACUACAGUGAAUGACACCAUCAUCACCCCCCUUGAGCUCCUGAGACAGUAAAGAUCAGGAAUGGAGUUACUUAUUGCAAGUUAACACUUCUCUGAGUCUGCUCAAAAGAGACAGUAAAGUUUACCUUGACCAUGAACUACAGACUACAUUUGUCUAGAGACAGCUACUGAGGGACACUAGUAGAUUGUGGCAAUGACGACACUGUGGUGAGUUUAAUUAGCUGUUACUCUGUUUGUAUACUCAUCACUCCUAUAAAGGUGUUAUGCAGAGCCUUGGCUCAGAACACUGCUAAGAUCUCCAGCCACUCCAUCUGUUUUAUGUGCCACAGUGCUAGACCACUCAGUGAAGGGUUUGGUCUUUUUAUGAUAGGAAUCUCAAUUUGUAUUUGACAGACACAUUUAAUUAUUAGAACAGUUGGCAGCACAUCAGCAAGUUGUGUUUACUUAAAAAAAAAUAAUGGCCUAUAACAACUCUUUGGUUGUAAGUGAAGUCAUUCUGCCACAGUUUACGGACAUAAUUAUAAUUGUUCAGGUUUUAGUUGUAAUAUUUCUUUGCAUCAACUCUUUGCUCAUCAUAACUUUUUUCAGAAAGGAGUGCUUCUACACAACUGCACGCUACAUCUUAUUUGCUGUUACACUUCUGUCUGAUAGUUUGAUGUUAGUCAUGUCUGAUAUCCUCCUCAUCUUGGCCCAUUUUGGAUUUGCCAUGCAAGUUUGGAUGUGUAUCAUUAUCUCUGUUGUGGUACUUGUGUAUAAUAUAGUUACACCAGUUACUCUGACAGUAAUGACUGUGGAGCGAUAUGUGGCCAUCUGCAUGCCCCUGCGUCAUUCACAGCUGUGCUCCAUACACAGCACUAAGCAUUGCAUCCUCAUCAUUCACGGCCUCAGCUCUGUACCCUGCAUUGUUGUUCUCUCCACCUUCUUUGCAUCAGCCUCUUUUAGUUUGUACAAACAACCCAGGAUAUGUGCCAUCAAGAUUUUUAUGUUGUACAGAUGGCAGGAUCAUGUUAUCUCAGCCGUACAAGAGUUUUACUUCUUGAUUAUGGUUAUCAUCAUUUUAUUUUCUUAUGUUAAAAUCAUGAAAGUGGCCAAAGCUGCAUCAGGAGAGGAUAAAAAGACGUCAUGGAAAGGGCUCAAAACAGUAAUUCUUCAUGGUUUCCAGCUGCUGCUCUGUCUCAUCCAGUUGUGGACUCCAUUAAUAGAAAGUACUGAUUUAAAGUUAUUUUCUCAUGUCAGGUUGUCUAACUUCAUAUUCUUUGGUCUUACUCCAAGAUGUCUGAGUCCUCUCAUUUAUGGCCUCAGAGAUGAAACAUUUUUUCAUGCACUGAAAAACUUCUUUGGCUUAUAUAAAAGAAAUAUUUGAUAAUGUUGAUUACUUGAUUGAUGUAGAUUACUGAAUAUGUCGGCAUUUCAUUUUGACAUGAGUAUUUAAAAAAUGUUUCAUUUUAUCUAGUUUCUUAUUAGAAGCUUGUCUGUGACUAUUGCACCCUGCCAUCAAGCAAUAAUGGUUCAGGAAGUUUCAGGAAAACAAUAAUGAGUUGGAGGCUCCAACUUGCAACUUGGACAUGAAGUUCUCGGGAGCUUUGACCAUCCUGUAGCCAAAGAUACUCCACCAACUACUUCUUCUCUAUUGCAAAUUUUUUGGCUCCUUUCUUUGGUUCCAUUCUCACAGUUUACCAGAUUUCUUUUUUUUUUUGCUUUUACUCUUUUACACGAGUGACUUCACAUGUAGCAAAGUAUAAUAAUUGUGAUUAAAUUACUCAAAAGUUGGAUUACUGUGCUCACUGUCACAGAUUUAGACAGGUUUGUGAACAAUAUUUGAGAGAAAUGGUUAUUUUGUGUAUAUAGAAAAUGUUUAAGAUCUUUGAGGUUAUCUGAAAAAUAAGAGCAAAGACAGGAAAGAGGUAUAUUCCUGAAAGCAACUUUAGUCAUCAUAAUCAAAACCUUGAUGCAGGAGAGUUUCUGGGAGUAAUCAGGGAUGUAGAAAGUUGGUUGCUAGGGGGAUGAAUGGGAGCUGAAGGCUGUUCAUGGUUGUGUACUGUGGGAUGAGUAGGGUUGAGGAGAGGAAUGAACGGGGUGGAUUACAUAGGGAUAAAGUCACGAUGAAGUCGGUGUCGUGAUGGGCUGGAGUGACUCGGAAACAAGGGGUCAAGUUUCAUCAUGUGGUGAAUAGGACAUGAUUUGGGCUUUUACUAGGCUAAGACUAGAUUAUAUUUGUUUCCAGUGUAUUAUCUAAUUAUAAAUUUCGAACCCUUCCCAGCAUUGAAAGGGUAGGAGCUGUUUGAGAGCACCUCUGGGAACUACGUUGUGGUAAAGCGUCAUACUAAAUGUGUGAUUCAACGACAUCUUUAGUGACCCAGUGGGCCCACCACUUCCAAGACUUAGUACAUUUAUAAUUGGUUGCCAGGCUGAGACUGGGGCCUUUGCCUGCUGACCUUGUGUGUAGGAAAGAGUCAUGUUAAGCAGCAAUUCAGAUACACAGCAGAGAUUUUACAAGCAUGGACCAUGGCCUCUCAGGUGAAGAGGGAACGAGUGAAAAUGUGG